CCCCCUCCCCCGCCGCGGCAACCGCAGCCGAAAAAGCUCCCACUGAACGAGAGAAACAACAAAGCACGAGGCUUCCACUUCCACAACGCAAUCUCCAUCCCUUCGUCAUCCUCCUGCACCCGCACCCGCACCCGCACCCCCACCCCACCCAAAAGGAAGCAAGAAUCUGCGCCCGCACCACAGUCCUUCCUUUCUCCUCCUCCCAGCCUCCCCGGAGCCCGCCGAGCAUCGGAUCCUUCGCCCCCCGGCGCCGUUUCUGAAUCCAGCCGAGCCAGUCCCACCCAUCCAUUGCCCCACCACCAAUGGCCGCCGUGGCGGUUCCUUUCGCUGCCCAUUUUCUUGUGUAACAACUAACAACCACCCCGGCCCCGGCCAUCUAUCCCAUCUCCCUGCGCUUUUGCGUCGGCAACUCCAACCAAGCCUUCCAACGGCGCGGGCUUGUCUGCCACCGGAGGGAGGGCCCACCCCUCCUGUCGUCUUGCUGGCGCUGGCACCCUAGCCCUUCCUAGUUGUCCCUCCCCGCGUCGUCUUGGGGUGGUCCGAAUCUUCUUCACCCAGUGCGGUUUCCUCCUUCUCCCAGGAAGGCAGGAAGGUAUUCUCCCCUUGCUUGUGUCUGGGGUUUCGCUCGUUGCUUCCCGACUGUCCAAAGUACUGCCAAGUUUGGGCGCCCAAGGAUUCCUGGUCAGGAGGAUUUUGGUUCCCCUGAAGCUCCUUGGUGCUCCCAAUUUCCUGGUGGUCUCCUGCUCCUCCUUGGUUGGUCGGAAGGAGGCUGGAGAAGAAGUUGCCCAUGGAGCCGCCUAGCAGUAGCAGGCUCUUGGCUUCUCUCUGGACCUUCAUCAAGUUCCUGCCCUACUUCUGCGGCCUCUUCAUCCUUGGGCUCAUUAAAGGGGUUCUGCUAUGCCCUUGGGCAUGCCUUAUUAUGGCAAUCGGAAUAUCUGCUCUAAUUCUUGGGCUAUGGCCUAUGCAUCUGAUUUGGACAUACUACUGCAUCAUCAGAACCAGAAUGGUUGGACCUGUAGUAAAGCUUCUACUUCUUGUUGCUGCCACUGUGAUCUUGAUCUUAUGGUUGAUAAUUGGCAUCCCGGGAAGCGUUUUGGCUGGAUUAUUAUAUGGCUUUCUAGCACCAAUAAUGGCCACAUUCGAUGCAGUUGGAGAAGGCAAAGAAAAUACAUUUGUUCAUUGCUUUGUGGAUGGAACAUGGAGUACCAUCACUGGAAGUUGUACAGUGGUCAGGGAUUUGAAAGACAUGCUUUUCCACUCCUAUUUUUCAAUUAUGGAUGACCUUCGUUUUCAGACACCGCCUCAUGGAAAGCCAUAUGAGAUAAGAUUGCUUGACAUUCCCGGGGCGUUAUUAUCUGCUGCUUGCGGACUCAUACUGGAUGUGAUAAUGUUCACACUAAUUGCCAUCUACAAGUGCCCUGUGAUGCUUUUCAAAGGGUGGAAACGACUGAUUCAGGAUUUGAUUGGGAGAGAAGGACCUUUUCUGGAGACGGCGUGUGUGCCAUUCGCAGGUCUUGCUAUUCUUCUCUGGCCAUUUGCGGUUCUAGGAGCUGUUCUUGCAUCCAUCCUCUCCAGUAUUCCUUUAGGCAUGUAUGGUGCAGUUGUAGCCUACCAGGAAUCCUCCGUAGUCAUGGGACUCUCAUAUGUUGUCUCAUCUGUGUCCAUCUUUGAUGAGUACACGAAUGAUGUACUCGACAUGGCACCGGGGUCUUGCUUUCCAAAGUUGAAAUAUCGGAAACAGCAAGAUGAAGAUUCUUCACAUGGUGGUCACCUAUCUAAGCCAGCCUCAUUCGACAAGGAGAACCAAGAAGGAAAGAAACCUCUAGCACGUGUCACAUCAUUUAAGAACAGCAUGGAUGAGUUCAAUCCAUUCAAGAUGUUGGACCACUUAUUUGCUGAAUGCAAGCUCCAGGGAGAGGUUUUGGUGAAUGAAGGAGUGAUAACAAUGAAAGACAUCCAAGAAACAAAGUCAGGCAAAGUUGGCAGUGGGGUUCUUAACGUUGGUUUACCAGCAUAUGUAAUCCUUAAUGCACUCCUUCGGUCUGCAAAAUCUAAUUCUAAUGGUCUUAUCUUAAGUGAUGGCGCUGAGAUUACAUCUGAUAAUAGGCCUAAAAGUACUCUCUUCGACUGGUUCUUCGACCCUCUUAUGAUCAUCAAAGAACAAAUUAAAGCCGAGAAUUUCACAGAAGAAGAGGAAGAAUACCUCAAAAUGCGAAUCCUGAUGGUUGGUGAGCCGAGUAACCUCAAGGGCACUCUUCCUCAUGUGCCAUCACUGAAUGAACGGAAAAAGGCAGAAAUCGACGCAUUUGCUCGAAGAUUGCAAGGAAUCACAAAGUCUAUAUCAAGAUAUCCUACAUCCAAGCGCCGUUUUGACGUUCUUGUAAAGUCCCUCUUGUCGGAGCUGGAGAGGACGAUGGGCGGCAGCGUGCCUGUCAAUGGGUCCCAAGCGCUAAGGUUGAGAGGCGGCAUUGCCCGGAUGCUCAGCCAGAAAUCUAUUGGGAAGACGGCAAACAUCAUGGAUGAGGAUCCAGAAGCGCAAGUAACAAGGAAGGCUCGCACUCCGUGAUCACUUUGAUGAUGUAUUGUGUAGCUGACAAGCUAGCGAGAGACCAACUCUGUAAAAAAUGUGUAAAAGAGAAGCAGCUAUGAGCUAGUAUGAACGUUCUUAGGUGUAGCUUGAGUUGUUGUAAGUUUUGUUGUGCAAACAUCUAUGAGAAAAUCUUGCGAGAUC